ACAGACAACGAGCACACGCGAACCCGUUCUCUGAUCAUGCUCUAGCCUAUCCAUCAUCACCUGAUUCAUUCGACUGGUCAGCUCACUAUCCUGCUUUCGCAGAGAGCGGAAAGACGCCAGCCUUUGCAGAUAUCGGUUGUGGUUUCGGUGGUCUGCUCAUCACACUGGCUCCGCUCUUCCCUGAUACACUCAUGCUUGGCCUUGAAAUUCGUGUCCAAGUAACACAGUACGUCCACGAUCGUAUCACCGCACUCCGCGCCACCGCUGCACCCCAAGAGCCAUCCAUACCUGCUCCAUAUCAAAAUGUCUCUGUCAUCCGCGCAAACGCCAUGAAAUUUCUCCCAAACUUCUUUCCCAAAGCAUCCCUCACCGCCCUAUUCUUCCUCUUCCCUGAUCCGCAUUUUAAAGCGCGCAAACACAAGGCCCGCAUCAUCUCACCCACCCUUCUUGCUGAAUACGCAUAUGUGCUCGCACCAGGUGGGCUCGUGUAUACUAUCACAGAUGUGGAGGACCUUGCACAAUGGAUGCGCGCUCAUCUAGAGGCUCAUCCUCUCUUCCAGUUUGUUGAGGAGCAAGAGCUAAGGAAUGAGGGCAAGGGCCCGAUCUUGGAUGCGGUAUAUGGUGCAACGGAAGAAGGAAAAAAGGUAGAACGCAAUGCUGGUGAGAAAUGGCUAGCCUGUUUCAGACGCAUCGAAGUGAAGAGGCAGAAUCCAAUAAUGUAACACCAGACAGUCGAUGUAUGAACUUAGACGAGAUAAGAUAAGAUAACCUACAUCAUUU